AUGAUGAAACAGAUGACCUUUGCCGACGCCGAGUACGCAGGCAAACGCAAGCAGACCCGCAAGGAAUUGUUCCUGAUCGAGAUGGAUCAGGUGGUGCCCUGGAAGGGUUUGAUCGCCUUGAUCGAGCCGCACUAUCCAAAGGGUGAAGGUGGCCGUCCGGCCUAUCCGUUGAUGGCGAUGUUGCGCGUGCACCUGAUGCAGAACUGGUUCGGCUACAGCGAUCCUGCGAUGGAAGAAGCACUGUAUGAAACGACCAUCCUGCGCCAGUUCUCGGGACUGAGCCUUGAGCGGAUCCCGGAUGAAACCACCAUCCUCAACUUCCGUCGCCUGCUGGAAAAACACGAACUGGCCGCUGGAAUUCUCGCUGUGAUCAAUGGUUAUUUGGGCGACCGCGGUCUGUCGUUGCGCCAAGGCACCAUUGUGGAUGCCACUCUGAUUCAUGCGCCCAGCUCAACCAAAAACAAGGAUGGCAAGCGCGACCCGCAAAUGCAUCAGACCAAGAAAGGCAAUCAAUAUUACUUCGGUGCCAAGGCCCACAUCGGCGUCGACGAUGAGUCUGGCCUGGUUCAUAGCGUGGUGGUCACGGCGGCCAAUGUGGCGGACGUCACGCAGGUCGACAAACUGCUGCAUGGCGAAGAAAACGUGGUCUGCGCCGACGCGGGUUAUACCGGGGUCGAGAAGCGCGAAGAGCACGAGGGGCGUGAGGUUAUUUGGCAGAUUGCAGCCCGGCGCAGCACUUACAAAAAGCAUGGAAAACACAGUGCCUUGUACAAAGCGAUACGCAAGAUCGAGAAGGCCAAGGCUCAGGUUCGCGCCAAGGUCGAGCACCCGUUUCGGGUGAUCAAGCGCCAGUUUGGCUAUGAAAAAGUGCGUUUUCGGGGCUGGCCAAGAACACAGCGCAGAUGC